UGAGAGAGAGCCGAGUUUAUGGACAAAUGCAAAUCCUAUGUUCUACUUAGGAGACAUAAACUAUAAUGUAAUAAUUAUUUCGACAUAUAUACCUUUAAAGUUAUCUUAUUAUAAUUAUUGAACUAUUAUUAUCUAUUAAUCUACUGAUCAUCGUCGGAUUUAAAAUCUAACAAGGGCAAAAUGGAAGUUGAAGAUGGUGAAAAUAGUGAUGCUUUUGAUGACUUCGCAAUACAAGUAAACAGAAACAAUAAUGAUGAAAAUAAAGUAUUUACAAGAUUUCGGAACAAUUCUUACUAUAAAGCCGUUGGAUCUUCUGAAACCGGCGUAAGAAGAAACUUUGCUGUUCGAAAGCGAGCAGACGACGAAGGAGUUCGAGCUCGUGCUUUGUUAUAUCAACAGUAUACUGAAAGAGGACUUGAUGACGACAUGGAGGAUGACGAACAAGACACUUCAAUGUCUUCGUCACCAGCAUCUCUUCAACCAAACAAUAAAAACCAUACAAGACCUUUGUGGUGCAACCUUCCCUCAGUUCGAAACAGUGGAAUAUUGCUCACAAUAUCGCCGAAAGAAAGAAAAAGGCAAGAGGCCAUGUAUGAGCUCUACACAUCUGAACAAUCGUACCUUCGCAGUUUGAACAUAUUGCACAACGUUUUUAUGAAAUCCGACCAACUUCGAGCCACAACAAUAGGCACUGAUUAUCAUCAUCUUUUCAGCAACAUGCAAGAAGUCUUGAAUUGCAGCAAAAAUUUUCUUUCAGAUUUAGAUCGUCGAAUUCGGAGAAGUCCAGAUACGAUAGAAGAUUUAUGUGAUAUUAUUACGUUACAUGUGGCUGAGAAGAAAUUUAAUCCGUAUAUUACCUACUGUUCAAAUGAAGUUUACCAACAGAGGGUAUUUCAAAAACUUCUUUUGCAAAACCCCGAUUUCGUGCAAGCUAUGAAAACUGCUGAAGCAAAUCCAAGUUGUAUGAAUUUACCACUACACUCAUUUUUGUUAUUACCUAUGCAAAGAAUAACUCGACUUCCAUUGCUUGUCGACAUGAUAAGGCAACGAUGUGAUAUCACAUGUGCGCAUUACGAAACUGCAUCAAAUGCAUUACGAGAAACAAGUCGACUUGUUAAAGUUUGCAAUGAAACGGCCAAUCAAUUGCAAAGAACAGAAGAUAUGAUAGCAUUACAAAGACAACUAGAAUUCAAGACCAGGUCAUUUGCACUCAUAUCUCCAUCUCGUUUUCUUUUGAAAAGAGGAUUGUUGAUAAAACUAACUGAUGAAACUGUUCUUGGAUUUCGAAAGUUGACUAAACAAAAAUGUCACGUUUUUCUGUUUUCUGACGUCAUCAUUAUUGCAAAUAAGAAAGGUGAUGAAAAAUACACUGUGAACGACUUCUGUUAUCGACAUCGAUUGAAAUUGAUCGAAACAGACGACGAAGAAAAUGCAUUUCAACUUGUUCUAGAAAGAAAUCAAGAUGGUAAACGAGUUGGGUUAAGAUUACAAGCUGACUGUCCCAGUACAUGUGCAAGGUGGAUUACUUGUCUCAGGAUCGUGACAAAGAAGGAACCAAAAUUAGGACAAAGUCAUAUUCAGGUCAAAAUAACUCGACUGUUUCACGCUGAAGAUACAGACUGCAUAUCGUUGCAACCGGCAGAUGUAUUAUGUGUAUUGCAAUAUACUACGGAUGGUUGGUAUUAUGGAGAAAGAUUGAUUGACGGAAGACGAGGUUGGUUUCCUUCUUCACACGCCAAAGAGAUUUUAAAUGAAAAAAUGCGCGAAAAGAACAUAGAAAGAAGUACAAGAAUAAUGGGCAUUGAGACUCAAAUAUAGUCCUGCAGCUUCUGGAUCGGGAAUAGCGAGAAUGAGGUUCGUGCAGCAUAAACGAGAAGUAACGAGACACUGCAAUCAACACCGUUGCUGUUAGAAGUCAUAGACAGCCAGCAAUACAUUUUUGAUUGCAACAUUCCUCUCUGGCACAAUUUCACCACGAGGCCGCUUCGAUUAAUUAUUGAUAGCGUAACUAGCAAUCUAUCUGCAAAAUAAUAUUCUACAUACAUUUGAAAAAAAAAGAGAUUUUUAAACGCUGUUUUCAUAAGAUGAUCAUAGUUUUUUUAAUUUUAUUUUUGAGUUUUAAUAAUUUAAACAUGUAUAUAUAUACGAAGCAAAUAUAUGAACGUUGAUGCUUUGUUGAAUAAUCAUAAUUAACUUAUAG